AUGGCGACGAAGUCCUUCUGGUCCCUUUUUUAUCUCCUUGCUCAUCUGGGUCUGCCUUCUUUAGCGAACUUAUCACCAAGUUGGCAAUAGAUGGCUGGCCUAGACGACCUUGUUGAGCUCUUUUUCCCAUUUUUCCCGAAAACCGUCAAAUGAAGUCAACCCGUUCACAGUUUCGAUUUUGAAAAGGGAGUUUUAAUGAAUGAAAACAGAUAAUAACUAUUUAUUUUUUCAGAAACUUCAUCGAGCCUGACUGAGAUGGCGAUGAAGUUGCGUCUGAUGAAAACUUGCUCCUCGUAUUUUCUAUUCUUCUCAUCGGAGUUUCUGAACUCUUUUUUCAACUGCUUCUUCGACUGCUGAUACCUCGCUCAUCUGGGGCUGCCUUCUUGAGCGAACUUAUCACCAAGUUGGCAACAGAUGGCAGUCCUCGACGACCUUGUUGAGCUCUUUUUCGCGUUUUUGACUGAUAACCAUCAAACGAAGUCAGCCCGUUCGAUUUCUAAAAGGGAGUUCCAAUGAGGGAAGACCAAAAAAAACCAUUUCUUUUUUCAGAACCUUCAUCGAACCUGGCUAAGAAGACGAUGAAGUUGCGUCUCAGGAAAAACUGCAUCUCGUUGUUUUCUAUUCUUCUCAUCGGAGUUUCUGAACUCUUUUUUCAACUGCUUCUUCGACUGCUGAUAUGUAUUCAUAAUUCUGCUGAUUAUUAUCUGCUGAUCCCGUCAGGCUACCUUUUUUGAUCCCGGAAUACCCCCGCUUGUCUGAGCUUAGUGUGGCGGUAAAACUAAAUCUAUGUUUUAAAGCCUAUUCUAAGUUUGGACAAGCGCUUGACAGACGACGAAGACCAAGAUAGACAUUAGAAAAAGGGAGUAUCACUUUUUAAACUCUCAUAAAACUCAAUAUUUUCCAGGAAUCACGCGGAACCAAAUCAACUUCACUUGCUUCGCAACUCCUAUCACGCGCUGGUCCGAGCUUACGGCUUUGAGUAAACUGUUGAAUAGUUUUACCCGUUGCCCUAAGUUUGGACGAGCGGUUGAUUAUUUUUUCAUCGAGAUUCUACGGAGAAAAAUUGAUUUCACAAAAAUCAUCAUACCAAGAUAGAUCGUCGAACCGUACUGAUACCAGAAGAAGGGAGUUUCGAAAAGUGAACACUGAUGGAAACUUCUUUACAGGAUGUUCAUGAAGCAACAUUGAGACGAUUAUGAAGUUGCCUCAGCCAAAAAAUCAAAAAAAAACCGUUCCGUUUCCUCAAAAGGAGAGAUUCAAUGAAUGCAAACUAAUAAAAAAAAAAUUAUUUCCAGGAAGCUAUUAUGAGGUCGACAAAGCUGCCACCUUCCUUCCUGUCACUUUUUCGUCUCCUCGCUCAUCUGGGGCUGCCUUCUUGAGCGAACUUAUCACCAAGUUGGCAACAGAUGGCAGUCCUCGACGACCUUGUUGAGCUCUUUUUCGCGUUUUUGACUGAUAACCAUCAAACGAAGUCAGCCCGUUCGAUUUCUAAAAGGGAGUUCCAAUGAGGGAAGACCAAAAAAACCAUUUCUUUUUUCAGAACCUUCAUCGAACCUGGCUAAGAAGACGAUGAAGUUGCGUCUCAGGAAAAACUGCAUCUCGUUGUAUUCUAUUAUUCGUAUCGGAGUUUCUGAACUCUUUUUCUCAACUGCUUCUUCGGCUGCUGAUGUGUAUUCGUAAUUCUGCUGAUUAUUAUCUGCUGAUCACGUCAGGCUACCUUUUUUGCUCCCGGAAUAUGCCCGCUUGUCUGAGCUUAGUGUGGCGGUAAAACUAAAUCUAUGUUUUAAAGCCUAUUCUAAGUUUGGACAAGCGCUUGACAGACGACGAAGACCAAGUUGGACGUUAGAAAAAGGGGGUAUCAUUUUCUCAACUCUCAUAAAACUCAAUAUUUUUCAGGAAAAACGUGGAACAAAACCAACUUCGCUUGCUUCGCAACUCCUAUCACGCGCUGGUCCGAGCUUACGGCUAUGAGUAA